GAGCAUCUCUGGUGGCAGGUUCAGAGGGCAGCAGCUCUGUCCUAGGGAUAGCUUUGGCUUUUAGGAUGUGUAAUUUUUAUUUGCCUCUGACUCUCGAAGCUCGCUGGAUUCUCCACUGCAGAUGAACAAAUAUUCUCAGAAAACCAGCAGGUUGGCAUUUUGAAGGAGCAAGCAUGGAAGAAAACAGACAGGGCUAUGGCCUUGCAGAGGGCAAAAUUUUGUUAGUCUGGCUGAUUUUGUUUGUGCUGCUAGUUCUGUUGCCUUCCAUGUUUAGAGUGUCAUUGGGUAUUUCUCACAUCUAUGUGAAAAUUUUAAUAAAAACGUUAGAGUGGGCCACCCUGCAGAUUGAGAAGGGAGUAAAAAUGCAGAAGGCGCUGGCACUUGAAAAUUUAAUCUCCAAUGGGAUCAUCCAGAGAGAGGAAACCUCCAUGGAAAAGGAGAUGGCUGGCCACCACAGGGAAUACUUCCACCUUGGUGACGUUAUGUACUUUGCCAAGAAGGCAUGUGAGGCAGUGGCAGAAGAUGAAGUCACCCAGCGCUUCUCCUCAGAGGAGCUGCUGUCCUGGAAUCUCCUCAGCAGAACCAAUGCCAACUUUCACUGUGUCAGCUGGCAACUGACUGUUGUGUGGAUCAUUGGGAUCCUGAUUCGGUACUGUCUCCUGAUGCCUUUUCGCAUCUGCUUGGCUUUCUUCAGCAUCCUCUUGCUGGUCUCUGCAACUACGGUAGUAGGACAGUUUCCAAAUGGCAGGGUUAAGUGCUGGCUGAGCAACCAGGUUCAGAUGACGUGUGCUGCGUUAGGUAUCCGAUGUCUGAGUGGUCUUGUUCAGUUCCACAACAGGGAAAACAGACCACGGAAAGGAGGCAUCUGUGUAGCUAACCACACAUCUCCAGUAGAUGUUCUAAUCCUGGCUAGUGAUGGAUGCUAUUCCUUGGUUGGCCAGGUACACGGAGGGCUUCUGGGACUUAUUCAGAAAUCUUGCAUGCAAACCACUCAGCAUGUUUUGUUUGAACGUUCAGAAAUGAAAGAUCGUCAUCUGGUGAGAAAAAAAAUUAGAGAACACAUUGAAGAUAAGGCCAAAUUACCCAUUUUAAUUUUUCCAGAAGGCACCUGCGUAAACAACACAUCAGUUAUGAUGUUUAAGAAGGGAAGUUUUGAGGUAGGAGGGACCAUCCAUCCAGUAGCAAUCAAGUAUGACCCCCGCUUUGGAGAUGCAUUCUGGAACAGCACAAAGUAUUCCAUGAUGACCUACACUUUUAAUGUGAUGACCAGCUGGGCUAUUGUUUGUAACGUGUGGUACCUGCCACCAAUGGUCAAAGAGGAAGAGGAAGAUGCUGUUCACUUUGCCAACAGAGUCAAGGCUGCCAUCGCUGCUCGAGGAGGAAUGUCUAUACUUCCUUGGGAUGGAGGACUGAAAAGAAAAAAGAUCAAAGAGUCUUUCAAGGAAGAGCAACAGAAAAAAUAUUGCCAGAUAGUAACAGAAAAUGGAUCUGUGGGAAAUGGAAAUGUUUAUUAAAUGACACUGUGUUGCUGUAGAGAUACACCUGUUAUAUGAGGAGACACGGAGAAGUUCAAGAAAACGUUUUGAGAAUUGCAAGCUGGAGAUGAAGAGUUGGAUGUCUGAGGGAAAGAGACAGUUGCUGACCUUACUCUCGAUGUCCCAAGACAAGGCAUUACCAGGUAGGAAGAUUUCCAGGGUCCCACUGAUCAGCAGCAGAACAGCAGCAAUGGCUACGUGUCCCAGAUGCCUGGUUGUGUGACAAAGGGAUAAAUUAGUGUAAAUCAAGGAGAAUGACCUAGGAAAAUAUAUCGUAAUUUUAAAUAUUUAUUUUGUGAAUUUGCUAUAUCCCUUUUUGUGUCUGUUUGCAUGCAUUGCGCAAAUUAAAGAAAACCCAUGUCAUGGCUUCUGUUAUGCUCUGUUGUAAUUAUUGCUGGACAGCCACUGGCUUGUGUUACCACUUGAUGUGAACGCGGCUGAUCGCUGUCACAAGCCUACCAUCCAGAAAUAAACACAGUGAGUACACUUAAAGAAUCAGAGAUGUAAAUAUUCCUGUGAUCUGUAUAUCACUUAGAAAGCACACACAAAUAGGUGUUACUUUGCUGAAGCUGCUUGAAGACACGAGCCAGUAAGGAUAGUAAAUAAGGUUUACAUUACAGCAGCCCAUUGAGUGAGGUCUCAGCAGAGAUGGAGGACCACAAAUACACAUGCACAGAUUUAGUACUGCCCAGCCAUGGAGAGUUUAGGGCUUAGGCAUUAAAAACUAAUAUGCGUGUUUUGGGGCUGCUGAAGGAGGUGGUAACUCUCCUAUGGCUGCAUGACACAGCAAUUAGAAGAGAACUUCUGCUCUUAUGUGGCCUGGUCUGACAUAUCAUCCCAGGCUUUAGUUUCUAUAAGCACAUGAAUACUCUCCAUGGGUCAGUUGGUUCCAGCUUCAAUAUUGUGUAUAAACAGCAGGAGAAACAGCCUGUUUAAAAACGCAUUAGCCAACCGGGUAGGAAGAGCGCUAGCAGAAUGUCUGCAGAGAAAAAUUGCUUCAGGUUUUCCUACCGGGAAAGAGGUCUGCUCCUUCCUGUCUGUCGGAAGCUGUGCUUCCAUUAUCCAUUAAGUUUUUUAACUUAGUUUCCUGGCAUAAAAUUCCUAAAUGCUGUAACGGACUGUCCGUGUAACUACUUCUUCAGUGUGUCAGAGUUUACAGCUGGAAAUACUUCUAUAUGAAUGGUGCCUACCAGAGAUAGCAGUUGUAUGUGAGGGUUUAAGACAAGUGUUGGGAGCAUCCUUUCCACGCUACCAUGUUCCUUCAUCCUGCUCAGUGAUGGAAGGGGAGAGACUACAGGUGAAAGGUGGGAAGAGAUGGGGAGACAGGAAGAACUGCUGGAAAAGGAAUUUUCUCAGUUGGGCUUGGCUUUGCAAGACGUUAGGAGCUGAUGAUGUGUCUCUCUCUUCCUGUCCUGCAUUGCUUCCCCAGUUUACCAAGAGAAGAGCUGUUGGAUGUGUGAUCCUUGUUAUCGUUAUAACUUGUCUUGGGCCUCUGAGCCUGCAAGUACCACGUGUCUCUUGUUCCGCUGUGGGAGGAGUGGGCUCAGUCUGUGUGUGUGUCUGUUUUCUCUGGCAUCUUUUGGCUGUCUUGACAAAAGAAGCUAAGAACUCUGACAAGUAGGUACUUUUAUACAGAAAGGUGACAUUUCAAGCAAACGAUGAACCCAAGGACUUGUCAAUGACAGCUGAAGAGUGCUUGUUUACCUGCUGGUAAAAAUACCAGCCUGAUUUCAAAUAGAGAUUGUUUUGUCUUACCCUGCUUUGCAGAAAUGUUUGUUUUUUUUUUAGUGGUGUUUUUAUUAACCUACCCUUUAUCUCCCCCUUUCCUUCCUCUUGAUACUUUGUGCAUGAUCUGUAUUUCAUUUGCAUUUAUCAGUAGUGGCCUUUGGCAAAUGCUUUUAGCUGAGGUUGUAUACUGCCCUCAGAAUGCUGACAUUGUGGAGGAGUUGGUUGUUUUCCCAAAGACCAUGGAUAAGUAUGUUCUCCUCCUCCAGCAGGAGGACAUGCUAGCAAUAAAAGAUCACGUUCUCAUGAUAAUUUGUGAGUGUGAAGUUGGUGAACUGCAGUUUAUUUCCUAAGAAAUGCUGUUCUUUCAUUGAAAGAAUUCAAGUUUGUGUUACUUCCUUUUUCUGUGCUUAUCAUCUGCCAGUCUCCCAGGAACCAGGUUUGAAGUUGUUUGAGGUCCUUGUUUAUUCUAUACUUAUGCACAAGCAGAUAGAGCAGGGCCUUGUGGUUAACCGUGCCAAAUUAUAGGUCUAGAUG